AUGAUUCUUGGUAUUGACAGUGUAUCGCAUUUGAAUUUCUUGCGGCACAUGAAACGCACCACCACUUAUAUUCGAAAACGCCUUAAUUACGUAGAGUUCUGGGGAUUUAACAAAGUGGGUGAUAAUACCUACCCCAAUCUGAUUCCACUUCUUACGGGCUUGGCAGCAGAUGAACUGAAACUAUCUUGUAUGCGUACAAAGGAAUUUCAGUACGUUGAUGACUGCCCGUUUAUUUGGAAACGAUUUAAAGAAGAUGGAUAUAUGACGGCUUUUCUUGAAGACGUGGCCCGAACCAGUCUAUUUAGUACCGAUUCGAUCUUCAAUCAUCAACCUACUGAUUAUUAUAUUCGACCCAUUGCUAUGGAAAUGGAGAACAAUAUUGGUUACUACUACUCAGUAAAUGUGGAUUUAUGUAUGGGAGGGCGACGUACCGUUGACUUAGUCCUCGAGAUGAUCCAUAAACUAACGCCAUUUCUACAGACCGAUGACUUCUUUUCCUUCUUUUGGCUAGUUUCCAUGACACACGACUUAAUAUAUAUGCCAAAACUACUAGACAAUGAUUUUGUUGAUUUAUUUGAACGUUUCCAAGCAUCUGGAGUUUUGAAUAAAACGAUCAUUCUACUAAUGAGUGACCAUGGUUUGCGCUGGGGAUCAUUCCGUCGAACGUACCAAGGCAUGAUGGAAGAGCGCCAACCACUCCUCAUUGCCAUAUACCCAUCCUGGUUCAAGCAAAAAUACGCUGAAGCCGUUGCCAAUUUAGAAAUCAACUCCAAGCGAUUAACAACUUUCUUCGAUGUAUAUGAAACAAUAUUGGAUGUUCUCAAUUUAAAGAAUUUGCGACCCUCGAAUAUACAGUCGCGCGCUAAAGAGCUCCGCGACUCUGAUAUAAUGCCUCGAGGUAUAAGUCUGUUUCUUCCCGUUCCAGAAACGCGGACUUGUGAGAACGCUGGAAUUGCAUCGCACUGGUGUACGUGCUAUCAACGCUCUGAAAUGCCAACCAAUGAUGGUCGCGUUCAAGCAGCGGCACGAUACGUUGUCAAAUUGAUCAAUGAACAACUGAAGCCGUAUCCACAAUGUCGGGUUCUAUAUUUAAAUUCCAUACAGGAAGCAGUUAUAGCAGCGCCACAUCACACGAUUGUCAGGGAUAUCAGCAAUGAUUAUGGCAUUGACAUUACAUUGCGGCUGCAAACUAAACCUGGUUUGGGUCUCUUUGAGUCAACAGUGCGCUUGGCAGGUUACACAAAAAAGCUAACCGGCACCAUUAGUCGCCUUAAUUUAUAUGGAAGUCAAAGCUAUUGUAUUAAUAACAGUUCACUUAAAAUGUAUUGCUAUUGUCACAGAUAA